AUGGCUAGAUUGAAAAGCUAUACCAGGGAACCUUUACAGAUUCAGGGUACAACUUCAGUUCAGGUCUAUUACGAGAAGCAGUUGGUUCAGUUACCACUGACUUGGUUAGCAGUGGAGUAUUCAGUUUGGAAAGAUAAUAAAGAAUGUGAACAAAAUUUCAUGGAUAUGGAAUGCUUCAUGAUUCUGACAGAAGAACAAAGAAAGGUUAUUGCUGCAUUAUGUUUGACAGUGGGGCCUUUUACUAUUAUAGAGAACAUUUUAGUUUUAUGUGUCGUAUUCUUUACUCCACAACUUCGAAAUCGACCUUCUUAUUUGUUUAUAACUAGCCUUGCAUCUGCUGACCUCUGUGCAAGCAUUAUUUUUGUGUACAGUUUUGUCGACUUCCAUGUUUUCAAACACAAGGAUGAAAAUUAUGUUUUCUUAUUUAAGCUUGGAUGUGUCGUUGCAAGUUUCUCAGCUUCUGUGGGCAGUUUGCUACUCACUGCCAUUGACAGGUACAUAUGCAUUCACAAGCCGUCUGAAUACAGGACAAUUUUAACGAGACGAAGAGCAGUGACCUUACUUCUAUUCAUGUGGCCAGUUGCUGUUUUUAUUGCUUUUCUUCCUUUGAUGGGAUGGAAUUGCAUUAAGUUACAAUGCCAAUGCUCUGAGCUAUUUCCUUUUGUAGAUGAAAGCUAUUUAGCUUGCUGGACUAUGUUUAUAACUUUCCUAUUAGUAUUAAUAAUUUAUGCCUACAUACAUAUUCUGUGGAAAGCCCAUGUUCAUUCAAUCUACAUGGAGAAACAGAAAGAGGGGAGAAAAGGACAAGUAAAAGUGAGCCACACACGUAUGGACAUUAAGCUUGCCAAAACAUUGGGUCUCAUAUUAAUAGUGCUGAUUGCUUGUUGGUCUCCAGUAUUGUCUCUGAUGAUAUAUGAUGUAUUUGCCAAGGUAAACAAAGGCACCAGAAAGGUAUUUGCUUUCUGUAGUAUGCUUUGUUUGUUAAAUUCUACAGUAAAUCCCAUCAUUUAUGCCCUAAGAAGUAAAGACAUGCGAACUGUAUUGUUAAAUAUCUUGUUGAGGCACAAGAGGCAGCUACCAUCUCUGGAAGGCAGCACAGAAUCAGAUGGACAUUUUAAAAACAACAAUACAAUUGUGACCAUCUCUUCAGUUGAGCAAUGCAAUCUUGACAAUUCAAAGAAUGCUCUCUGAAUGAAUCAAAUCAUUCUUUACCUGAAUGCUAAGUACUCAGGCUAAGAUAACUCCACUGAGGCCGGAAUCCCGUUACCAAGUCCCCUUCAAUUACACGUGCAUCGUACUUGACACUGGUCCAGUUUCCUCAGAGUGAACAGAAUCUCUGACUCUCCUGUUUAUAUCUGUCAGCAAGAACUCCCUGAUUGGACCAGGUUACCAGCCCUAAUAGGGAAUUCAUAUUCUAUGAGGUCCACCUGGCUGACCUUGUUGUAAUCACUGCACAGGCCAAAUUAUGGACAUCAAAAGAGCUGUGCAGCUAAUGUUAUUGAUUGUGAACAUUGUUACUGUGGAUUUAUUUUAAAGAAAUGCUAUCUUAGGCACAGCUUGGUCCCAUCGCAAUGAUCAAUAGCACUUCUAUCUGCAGACAAAUAGGAUUGUUUCAUUUUCAAAACUAUUUAGAG